GUUACGACUAAAGUUUGUGAUAUUUUGCUAUAUUUCACAAUACAUAAAUUUCAACCUAAAAAGUUUCAAUUUUUUUUUGCGAACUUCAAACUCCAAACUCGAAAGUAUGUGGAUCGCAACGGUCAUUUAUACGUCAUCUUCUCCUCUAUCUAUCUCUCCCUCCAAAAGCAAAGCAUCAAACUAAAAUGCAGACCACAACUAUAGCUUCUUCUUCAACUUGCUCCAUUUUCUUCAACCCUCUUCUCAAUUUCACCCUUUCAAAUCCCAUAACUCCACCCAAAUCCCUAUUCAUUUCCACCAUUGUUGCAGUUUCCGAUGGAUUGCAGCCUCAAACAUUGACCAUUUGCGCUAGAAAGAAGAAGAGAAGUCCUGGGUUUCAGAGAUCAACCAAAUUAGUGUUUGAAUUGGCUUCUCUCUUAGCCUCCAAUCUCAAGAUCUUACCGCCGCCUCUGGAUUUAGUCGUCGCGGAAUUGAGCGGAGGAGAUGGUAACGGAGGUGGUUCGAGGCUGUGGAGGGGUUUUGGUGGAGGUGACUAUGAUGGAUGGAGAGGUAAAAGGAAGAAGACGCCGUUGUUGAUUGGGUUUUUGAUUGUUUGUGGUUUGGUUUUGUUGUUUGUGACUGAUUUUGAGAUCAAUGUGGUUUGUGGGGUUCUUGGAUUUGCUGUAUUCGGUGUUGCAUUGAUUCAAUUGUGGCAGAAAAUCGGGAUUUCGAAAGAUUUUGUUUUGGGGUUUGGCCUUUUUGGCAUUUUGAUUGCCUUGGGAUUGAGAAGAUCUGAAGUGCAAAGAUGGGUUGGGAAAUUAGGGAUUUACAGUUCAAAGAGGAAGAGUUUGAGAAGAAAACUUAAAGGUAGGAGAAUCUUCUGAGCGAGCUAUUCGAUAAAGACUAUAUUAUCUAUUAUGCAUUUUUUUUUCUUCGAAUGAGAUUAUAGCGAGAGAUUUAAUAGA